AUGAAAAAAAUAUUGCAAAAACCAGACCUCUCGGGCAGGCUGGUGAACUGGUCGGUAGAGCUCGGGCAAUUCGACAUAGAAUUCCAUCCUCGAACAUCCGUCAAGGGUCAGGUACUAGCUGACUUCCUUAUGGAAUUCAACAAUACACCGGAAAGCGAAGAGCUACAGAAGAAAGAGACAUGGGUGGUAUAUGUCGACGGUUCCUCAGCCAACCAGAAAAGUGGAGUCGGCGUUGCUCUAGUAAGCCUGGAUGGAGAAAAAUUUCAGUACGCGAUCAAAUUAGAUUUCGUUACUACUAACAAUGAAGCAGAAUACGAGGCCGUGUUGGCCGGGCUCUCUAUAGCUCGGAAAAUGGGAGCGAAGAAUGUAGAAAUCCGAAGCGAUUCCCAGUCUAACUUUGACAGGACCGACAUGACAAAAAUUCCUCGGGAGGAAAAUGUCCAGGCAGACGCCCUCUCCAAGAUGGGCUCGGGUACCGGACCCGAUGUCAAAACAUCAGCCUACGGGGUGGUGAUACAAACCGAACCAUCAAUUACUCCUAAGUUAGACGUGAUGGAAACCGAAGAAAGAUCGACCGACCCAGAAUGGGCCACUGAUGUAAUUCAAUACCUCCGAGACGGAUCUUUACCCAGGGACAAACUGUUGUCUCGUAAGGUAAAAAUGCACUCAGCUAGGAAAUACACGAAGGAGUUUGCGGGAACCAUUCAGGCUUUGGAUGCUAGCACACAAAGCAAUGAGAGCCGGGUAUACUGGCCAACAAUGAACAAGGACUCGGUCAGGUUAGUUCAACAAUGCGACAAGUGUCAAAGGUUUGCUCAAGUGAUGAAAAACCCUCCUGAAAAACUCAAUCCGAUCAGCUCGCCCUGGCCGUUCGCGAAAUGGGGGGUUGACAUAGUCGGACCCAUGCCACCGGGAAAAGGACGGAAAUUCCUUCUUGUCGCUGUAGACUACUUCACGAAGUGGGCCAAAGCCGAGGCAUUCGCUACCAUCACCACCGCCAACAUGAUAAAAUUUCUUUGGAGCUCGGUCGUAUGCCGUUUCGGCAUUCCCUAUGCCUUCGUCACCAAUAACGAAAAGCAGUUUGACUGCAGACCGUUUCGUAAAUGGUGUGCGGAACUUCGAAUUCGAAAUUACUAUUCCACUCCGAUUCAUGCACCGGCAAAUGGACAAGUGGAAGCCACCAACAAAACACUCCUUAAAACACUAAAGAAGAAACUCGGCAAGAAGGGAGCUUGGGCCGAGUAUGUUCCCGAGGUGCUCUGGGCCUAUCGUACCACAACACAAACUCCCACAGGUGCUACUCCUUUUUCUUUAGAAUACGGUUCCAAAGCGGUCAUCCCUGCUGAAGUUGGAUCACCAAGCUUCCGAGUGUCACACUACAAUCCAGGAUUAAAUGAUGAAGGGAUCAAGUUCAAUCUGGAUUUGCUACAAGAAAGAAGAGAUGAAGCACAGGUCACAUGGGCAGCAUACCAGGACCGAGCUGCCCGUUAUUUCAAUAAGACAGUAAAUCCUCAGAAGUUCCAACUCGGGGAUUGGGUCUUGAGGAAAGUAAGCCCAAUAACCAAAGAUCCAACUGAAGGAAAGCUCGGACCCUAA